UUCAAUCAUCCAGAUGAUGACCAAUCAAAUCAAAAUGAACAUCAUUCAUCUAAUCAACAAUCAUCAAUCAAUUUAUCGGCUAUAAUUCCACAAACAAAUAUCGGUAAUUAUAGGGAUUGCUGUGAUCCAGAUAAUAAUUCAAAUGAUCAAACAACAUCGACCAUUUCAUGUUCGAUCCAAAUGGAUCAAAUUAGUACACAACAUAAUAAUUCAUCAUCAUCAUCAUCAUCAUUAUCGACAGAACAAUCAUCAUCAACAACAAUGGAUCACCAUCAUCAUGUUGCUAAUAUGAAUAAUAAUGAUAAUCAUAGCUAUCGAUCUCGUAAUAGUAUAACAAGUAUAUUAAAUUUUUAUCGUCGUAAUUCCAAUAAUUUAAUCUUUGAUGCAAAUACAUUUAAACAAGUUAAACGUCUUUAUUGUGGUAUGUUAUUGGUUGCCAUUGCAUAUUCUGUUACAAUGGUUAUUAUGAUGAUGGUAUUAUAUAAAUCAUUACCUGAAUCAACAUAUAAUAAUUAUCGUCAACAACAACAAUAUCAUCGAAUAAAUGAACAUAAAUCUGAGUCACAAUCACAACCAAAGAUUACGACUGUAGCUACGAUUCUAACUGAUAAAGAAUCAGUGUCAGUAUCAUCAUCACUACCACCAUCACCACUAUCACCACCAGUAGAAAAUGAAUCAUCGGAAAUAAUAAAAAAUAAUCGUCUAUGGAUGAUGGAUACAUCAGGACAAACAUUAUAUCGCCAUUAUAAUCAACAAUAUGGUAAUCGACAAGCAUCUACAUCAUAUGUAAACCGUACACAAUUGGAUCAAGUAAUUGCCAUAAAUUUCCUAACAACCAUUCUUUAUAUAAUGGCAUUCUAUGCUGCACAACGUGAAUUCUAUCAUCUUACAUUGGCAUUCACAACUACAUUGGCAGUUAGUAUGAUUAUAUCAUCGGUUAAAAUAUUAUCCGAAGGUUCAAAUUUUCCUAACAAUCUAAUGGGCAUUUUAUUACGAAUGUCAAUCGUAUUGACAGCAUUAAUAUAUUCAUCACAGAUACGAAAGAAACAAAUUUUCAUAAAUCAAGCACAAACAUUUUGGUUAAAUCAUCCACAUACAACUGCAAUGCUUCAUGAUGCAACAACUAUUAAUAAUAAUAAUAAUAAUAAUUCUUCAUCAACAACAACAACACAACAGCAAUCUAGAUCAACAAGAUCGGCAGCUGUACAGCUUAUACAAGAAAUAUUCGGUGUAUCACCAUCAACCGGUACUUUAGUGGCAACACAUCCAUUUCAUGCUACUGUUGCCGCUACAGCUUCAUCAUCACCAAGUAAAACGGAAAAUAUUAUCAUACAAGAAUAUCAAGAUCAACCACCCGAUUAUGAAGAAGCAUUACGUUGUCCAAUGCCGGUUGUUAGAUCACUUCCAGUACAAACACCGAUUACAUAUCCAAGAUCAGCACUAACAAUAACAUCAUCAACAUUAUCUUUAAUUGCACCACCAUCAUUUGAUCAAUUAAAAACAUCUUCAUCAAUAACAACAUCAUUGCCAUCGUAAUCGAUAAAAUUGUACGGUGAUCGAUUCUAUUUUUAUUUUUAUUUUCCAAAAUGAAAAUAAAAUCAUUGACGUAAUGACAUGAAAAUUUAUUUUACACACAUGAUUUUGAUGGUGUCGAUUUGAUCAGAGAAUAGGUUGAAAAAGAGUGAAUAAAGAAAAAAAAAUUUGGGAAAAAA